CCUUUGCACUUUUCUGUCCAUCCCACUCACUACAAUAAUCAUCCUAUCCUGUCCUUUUCUUCUGCAAUAUCUUUUCACCUUCCACCACUUUCCUUUUCUUUUCCCUCAUUUACCAUACAGCACAAGGUCACUUUAGUCAUUUCAACAUUAACAACUUAGCACAAGAUAACACAAUCCUCAACAAACUCUGUCCCAUCUCAAAUGACUCAACAUAGUAUUAAUACCACCAAACAAUCCUCAACUCAGCAUAACAAACCAACCCAUAUUCCCUUUUCCUUUUCUUCUAUAUUCAUUACAAUGAUUCUCUUUUCAACUUUAUCACAAUUACAAACACUCUUAUGCACAUUCUUCUUCUUUUUCUUCUUCAUCUCUCUUUCAUUCUCUCAAGAUCAACCUCCCAUUGACCCGGUUGAACAGAAAGCUCUAUAUGCUGUUCUCAACUCCCUCAACCCAACCAUUCCAUGGACCACUGACUACCCCGACGACCUCUGCCUCUCCGCCCCACACGGCGUCGUUUGCGACUACUACCCUUCUGAUGGUGAGAAUGGUCAAAACCAACAACAAAAAGCACACAUUGUUGAACUCAACUUCGGUUACGUUUCCGAUGAAACACCUAACCCACCUUGCUCCCCUAACGCCACUCUCAACUCUCUUCUCUUCACCUCUUUCACCUAUCUUCAGAAACUCUUCUUCUACAAAUGCUUCAACAACACACGUAACCCAAUUCACCUAACGUCUCUUCCUUCUCUCCCUCCAUCUCUCCAAGAACUAGUCUUCAUCCAAAACCCUUCCGUUUUUUCUCCUAUUGAACCUUUUCUCCGCAACCUCACAUCUCUUAGGAGACUCGUCUUGAUCGGAAACGCCUUCCACGGCGAACUCCCCUUCAAUAUCGGCGAUUAUGCCAACUUUGAAGAGCUAACUCUUUCUACAAACAAUCUCUCCGGUACGAUUCCAGCGAGUUUGGGAAUGUUGAAGAAACUCAAGAUUCUUGACCUUAGUCAGAACGGAUUCACCGGGUGUGUUCCCGAACAGGUUGGGAAUCUCACCUCGCUUUUGAAGCUUGAUUUAAGCUACAAUGGGUUUGAAUGUAAGAUCCCAGAGAGUUUUACCCACUUGCAAAAUAUGAAGUUUUUGGAUCUAAGUUUCAACCUUUUUGGUAAUUUCGGUGUCCCUUUGUUCUUAGGAGAAAUUACUAGUUUAAAGGAAGUUUAUUUAACUGGGAAUUUUCUCUCUGGUAAAAUUCCAGAAAUAUGGGAAAAGCUUGGUGGUGUUGAAAAAAUAGGAUUUUCUAAAAUGGGUUUGUUAGGUAAAAUCCCAGUUUCAAUGGGGAUUUACUUGAAAAAUUUGUCUUAUCUUGGGCUUGAUAACAACCAACUUGAUGGGUCUGUUCCUGAAGAAUUUGGGCUUUUGGAGUUUGCUAAUGAGAUCAACCUGGAGAACAACAAUUUGAGUGGUAGAAUCUCUUUGCCAAGUAGAGUUGAACAGAAGUUUAAGUUGGCAGGAAACAUAGGGCUGUGUUUGGGAAACAAUGCAAGCUGUUCUUCUCAAAAUGGUGAAAGUUUGGGUCAACUUAAUCCCUACAAAAUAACAGAUAUUCUUUCUGAUGAUGAUGAUGUCCUUUUCAGUGGGGAUUCUUUGCUGCAUUUUGAUCCUCUUAUGUUGGUUUUGGUUUUGGUUGGGUGGUUUUUGUUAAUCUUCACAUGGGAUGGGUGAAGAUGUUUUAUCUUUUUUGACUAGUAAAGAAAUACUACUCUUGAUCUGUUUACUCUAAUUUGGAAAAAGGGUUUUGAGUUUAACAAGUGUAAAUGAAAAUGAUAGUGAUGGGUAGCGUAAGAGUGAAGAAUUGUUUAUUUAGAGCAAGUGUGUAUGGUGAAAGCAAAGCUUAUUCUUUUACUCAAUUAAUUUAAAGUAUAUUUAUUUGUGCUACUA